AUGGAUCUAAUCGUUGGAAGCACAUGGAUCGUACUGUCAUUGUACUCCGUUAUUGCAAAUGUUUCGCUUAUUGUUUCAAUUGGUACUAGUGCCCGGAUGCGGGCAACGCCAAGCUUCUGGAUUAUUGCUUCACAUGCGGUAUGCGACAUGGGCAUGUCUGUAAUGGCGUUCAUUCAUGCGAUUCCCUCGAUUUUCUUACAUGAAUUGUACUUUACGUACGAAUCACUCACCAACGUAAUCAUGCUGUUGUUCUAUGAUAUUUUUUGGUAUACAGAAGUAGUGCAUCUUAGCGUGAUGGCAAUCAACAGAUACAUCUGCAUCGUGUACCCGUCUUCUUAUGCAAAGUGCUUUUCCUGGAAAAUGACCGUUUAUAUACUGUUUUCGAGUUACAUGCUAGGCAUAGCUGUUUCUCUUCCCACGCAAUUCCCCUGCUGCUACACUCUGUGGGACUCAUAUGAUUACUUCGCCAAAUAUGUUGGAGCUGGAGGAUGGUGA